CUACCAUUCCCGUUUUCCUUUGUUGUGCUGAUUAUCAUCUUCCGUUCUUAGGUUCUGUUACGAUGGCCUCCGCUGAAGUUGAGUACAGGUGCUUCGUUGGAGGGCUUGCCUGGGCCACCGACGAUCAGUCUCUUGAAAGGGCCUUCAGCCAGUUUGGCGAGAUCAUUGAAUCGAAGAUCAUCAACGAUCGGGAGACUGGAAGAUCCAGAGGUUUCGGAUUCGUGACUUUCCGUGAUGAGAAGUCCAUGCUGGAUGCUAUUGAAGGCAUGAACGGUCAGAAUCUCGACGGAAGGAAUAUUACCGUCAACCAGGCUCAGUCCCGCGGUAGCGGCGGAGGCGGCGGCGGCGGUGGUGGAUUCAGCCGUGGAGGCGGUGGUGGCUAUGGACGCCGCGAGGGCGGUGGCUAUGGUGGUGGUGGUCGCCGCGAGGGAGGUGGAUAUGGAAGUGGAGGAUAUGGCGGUGGUGGUGGUGGUUACGGUGGUGGCCGCCGUGACUAUGGUGGUGGUGAUGGUGGAUCUCGUUACUCCAGGGGUGGCGGUGCAUCCGAUGGCAGCUGGAGGAACUAGAUUUAAGGUUGUGACGAAUAGGUGCUGCAUUAUGGUUGUUGCUUUGGUUUGUUGAUGUAUGGGUUCUGUGUUAUGGUUUCCAUGUUCGGUGUUCUCUAUUUUUGACCGUGGUUAUGAAAUUUUCUCUUACCUUAAAGAGGAAAUUCAGUGAAUUACAGUUCUUCUCUAAACCUCCCUUAGCGAUUGAUGCUCCUUAAAUUUUUCGAAUGGGAAUAUUAUAAAGUGAAUUUUAUAAU